CGUCAAACCCGUCCAACUUCGUCCAACCUGUCCAACUUCACAUCGUAUCCCCCACGCCUCUAUCUGUCAUGGCGCUUUGUUCUUGGGGCUCUCUGUAGAUUUGCUGCGUGUGCUUUUCAUUAUACAUUUCAUUCCCUUCAUUUCGAGAUCCCGAGACACCAAGAUACUUAAUAUUUCGUCAACAUGAGCAUUGACGAACAGAAUUCGUCGUGGCACCCGGCCCUGAUGCCUAAUAAUGCCGUCGACUCGCUCCCUGCCGAUCCCGAUCCCCAUCCCGAUCCCCAUCCCCAGACCAACACCGAGCCACUCUCCACUGAUCCUAUUCAGGACGGAUCCCCACAGACUUUCGAUGCCUCGACAGAAGCACAGUCCCAAGGGGAAGCACUCGACACAAACACGGGAAAUUCCAAUGCCUGGUUUACUGACGAGCCUACCGAUGACUGGCCUGUCCUGGAUGAUUCGAACUCUGUCCCUGCCGCUUCCACCUUGCCUGGGGCCGAGCAACCAUCAGAAGAAUCCGCUGCUCCCAUAAAACCAUCAGACGCUAUCGGCGCUCCGAAGCCUGAGGGCCAGGUCCAGACGCAGUCAAGGACUGAUGCGACCGCGGAAGAUCAAUCUCAGCCGGAAGCUCAGCCGGAGGUUUCGGCAGCCGGCCCUGCCUUGGGCCACUCCAGUACCGUCUCAUUCGCUCGAACCGUUUCCCAUGAAGUCAGCUUCAACGAUGAGGAUGACCCAGAGUGGAACCUGUCACGCACCGACACCGACCCUUUCAAGUUCAUGCCACCUUCCGACCGAACCAACUCAUUUCCUGCCGUCCCGCCUAUGGACUCAACGGAUACUCCCCUGGAUGACCAGCCGCUACCUUCGAGCCAGGCUCAUGAUAUGAUCCGAGAGCUGGAGACCGAUGGUCGCCAAUCUGGAGACACGGCUCCAGAGUUCAACGCGUCAAGUACCGCGGAUGAACAACCUGGCUCGCAUGAUGCGCCAACGAUCAAUGGGCCCCAGUAUUUCGGCCGCGGCACCACAGACACUAAUGAGGACGAGUUAGGGUCACGUUUCGAGGAAGGCAUUCCGCUCAUUCCUCGGGAAGCAACCGAUGAGAAACACCAGGACAACGCCCAGGCCGCCACCGAUGCUGGUGUCUUGUUUGGAGAUGAAACGGAAGGCGACGACGACUUCUUCAGCCAGAUGCAGACUUCUUCCACCAAACAGGCUCACCCAGAUGCGGACGAUGGUUUCACUUUGCAGCGCAAGUCAACCAUGCAAGUCAUCAAUGCACUCGGGGCAAGUCCAAUGCCUACGGCAGAUACCUUGGAUGACAUGCCCGAGGCGGCGGAGGAGGAGGAGGAGGAGGAGGAGGAGCGCCACAAGAAUGACCGCUCCACGGACGCUCAGAUGUCCACCGGGGGAAGAGGCUUGGGAAUCACCAUGUCAGCACAAGAGCAGUCCGCCGCCGAUCAAGCCCCCACGAAUCAGACAGGCAAUGGUGACGACUUGGCUGCCAAAUGGCAGGCCGCCCUCGCUGCCGACGACGAUGACGAUGAUUUUCUCAUUGACGAGACGCCCGUCGACUCGGAGGCCAUUAAUCCCACUGCCUUCUUGGGUAGCGACGAUGAGGGUCUGCUUGAGGAUGACGAUGACCAGCCCUCUUCAACAGUUCAGCCAUCGUUGCAACCAGCUCCGGCCACCGCCUCGGUAGCUACCGCGCCAUUGAAUCAUUUCCCUGCGCGCUAUACCCCUGCUGCUCCGUCACCGAACGCUGUUUCGCAAUCUACCUAUGUUCCCAGCCCUCAGCCAUCGCCUAUGACCAUGUUCUCUCCCUCAACACCCGCAUCAGGCUUUACCCCAACAACGUCUCCAUACGCCAUGCAGCCGCCGCACCCACCAGCUCAGGCCGCCUACCGCGCGCCACAAGCUCGUCCCGAGGCCCCGAAGGCCCAGAGCUUUGUCGACAAGUCCAAGGGCGGGUACACGUCGCCAUACGACUUGCCCAUGGAGGUGGUGAAACCCCGGAAGCGUGCUAGCAUGCAGCAUCUCCCCAGGAGCAUUCAGACCUCCUCUCCACCAGGGCCGACGUCGCUACCUCCGAGGAGCUCUAGUAUGCAAACCCAGAUGUCGCCGGUACCAGGCCCUCCCCCAGUAGUAGGCCACGCCGGCGAGACACCUCCCGUGGCCCAGAAGCCGACCGCACCGCCUCCAAAGCAGAAAGAGAAUUUCUUCGAGGAUCUCCCGGUGACGUCGAGGCCGCGGCCAAGCUCACGCCAGAGUAAUCGUUUGCCCUCACCCUCCCAGAUCAGUGGUCCUCCUGGUCCUAUCUCCAUCUCCACGUCAUUGCCUUCGUCGGCCUCGGAACCCAAUUUUGCCAUAGACUCUCCAAAGCAUGAUGCUCCUAGCAUUUCGCGGCCUAGCUCCACUGGACUUCCCAACUUGGUUGCACCCCCGCGUGUCAGCCCCUAUGCGUCUUUGCCGUCGGCUCCGCAACCAUCCCCUGGCAUGCAGAGCAAUAGUAGAUAUUCUCCCGCCCCCGCCCAAGGACCCCUUGCGAAUGGGACAGCACGUCCGGGUUCGUCCAGCAGAUACUCGCCGGCGCCCACCGGCUCACGGCCACCCUCGGCAUCAUACAGCUCGGCACCUGCCCCCGCGGUCUUGCCACAUCAACCGCGGACUUCUAGUCCUUUGGCGCACUUCGAGAUAUCUCAUGAGAGGGCCCAGUCGGCGCCACUUCCCAACGGCGAACACUCACCACAGGAUCGCCGGUUCGGUUCACAUCACGAGCCGCGGCUCCAGCGUGUUCCAUCUCUGCCACCGACUCAUGAGGUUGAAGAAGAGGAGGACUUGAAGGACCCGCAACCUCCUCCACCCAGCGGUGGCCGGUAUACCCCUGUCACGGCUUCGACAGAGUCCAAGUACGCCUCGGCAUCCCCUCUCGCCGGGCGCCAUACACCACCUCCUUCUCUCCGUCCUUCGUCUUCUCAUGCAAUGCUUUCGCCUCCCAAGCGAGCCUCGUCUAACUACGCACCGCAGCCGACCGGCCUCUCACCAGACCAAGGAUUUGCUCCGCCUCGGAGGUCGCAGACCCAGUCUCCGAGUGCGAUGUUGGGGAACCGCACCGAGGCGCAAGCUAGUGAGACUGUGGUCCGGCCAUCUUCUAUGCAUGGACCUGCGACUUCUUCUCAGCCCUCCCCGUCUGCCCACGGUGCCUAUGCGGCGGUGGCGUCGCGAUCGAGAGGACGCCCGCGUGGGACGUCACAAAGUUUCAGCAUGAUUGCGCCCACGGACGGGCGUGAGAAUGAUCCACUGCAGAGAUGGAAAGGUGCACCUCUCUUUUCGUGGGGCGUUGGCGGGACGCUUGUCACGUCUUUCCCCAAGGAUGUGCCUCGCUACGGCAUGGGCCAAGCGGCGCCCAUGAUUGUGCGUACACCCGGCGAAGUGCGAAUCCAAAGCAUCAAAGACGUCCAACCGCUCGAGGAGACACUCGCGAAGUUCCCCGGCCCGCUCAAGGGCAAGUCGAAGAAGAAGGAGACGAUCGCUUGGCUGACAGCCGGGAUCGAGGCGUUGGAAAAGAGCCUACCGGACCACUCAUUCCAGACGCAGACGCACCUCUCCCACGAAGACAAGCGGGCCGCAGAAAGGGUGCUCCUGUGGAAAAUCCUCGCAAUCUUCAUCGAAUACGAUGGCGCCCUCGAGGGAAACCCGCAGGUGGAGAAGGCCGUGCGAGAUGUCCUCUCUCUCGAUCUUCCGAGUGAGCCCAGCGAGGCGGCACCCCUUUACGGAAGUGGCGCCGUCUUGGAUACGUCGGCUGCCACGAAAAUGCAGGCGGAGGCUGUGGAUUCUGGGGCAGUAGAGCAGAUUCGCAAGCAUCUGCUAGCUGGCGAACGCGAAAAGGCAGCCUGGGCUGCUGCGGACAAGAGGCUGUGGGGGCACGCCAUGCUCAUCUCCAACACGGUGUCUCCCGAUCUCUACAAGAAGGUUGCGCAGGAGUUUAUCCGCAAGGAGGUCAACUAUCCGGGCCACAACAACGAGUCGAUUGCGACGUUGUACAACAUCUUCGCCGGUAACCACGAGGAGUGUGUUGACGAGCUUGUCCCCAGCCAUGCCCGGGCAGGACUUCACCUCGUGAACACCACGUCGACGACGAGCACGGCGAAGGAUGCACUGGACGGCCUGGACAAGUGGCGCGAGACGCUGGGACUGGUGCUGAGUAACCGGAGCGCCGACGAUAUCCGAGCAUUGAACGCCUUGGGUAACCUCCUGUCGACCUACGGCAGAGCGGAAGCGGCCCAUGUGUGCUUCCUGUUUGCUCGGAAGGCCACCGUUUUCGGCGGCCUGGACGAUCCGACAGCCAGCUUCGUCCUCCUGGGAGCGGAUCACCGGACGCAAGCCGAACAGUUCGCGAAGGAUACGGAGGCGUUGUUGCUCAGUGAAGUGUACGAGUAUGGGUUGUCACUGGGCAGCGGCAGCAUGUCGACGGGCGUACCGCACCUAGCGGCUUACAAGCUGCAACACGCGGUGGUGCUGGCGGAGCACGGGUUCCGCGACAAGGCGCUGCAGUACUGCGAAGCCAUUGCGGCAUCGACGGUGGCACAGACUAAAAGAUCGCCCUACCACCACGCGCUUCUGGAGGCGGCUGUUGAUGAUCUCACCAAGAGGCUCAAGCAAGCGCCGAAAGAGGAGUCGUCGUCUUGGAUCUCCAAGCCGAGCAUGAACAAGGUCUCGGACAGCAUGUGGAACCGGUUCAACAAGUUCGUGGCGGGCGACGAGGCGGAAGGCGCGGCGGCCGGGGCGCAAGGGGAGAAUGGCGUCGAGACUGGCCCGUUCGCGCGCAUUGCGGGCGGGACGCCCACGAUCAGCCCGUCGCCGUCCAUGUCGAAUUUCGAUGUGUAUGCGACUAGCCGCCCCAUUCCCAUUCCCAUUUCCACUGCAUCUGCACCUCCCCCUGUCCCAGCGACGAGGGCAGCGUCGCGGUAUGCGCCGAUGGCUGGGCAGGCGGCGGCUUCCUCGGGGUCUCACGAGUCGGGCUCACCCUACACCCCAUACACACCGCACGCGCCGGCGCCGCGGUCGUCAAUGGAGUCGCAACCAGGGCACGGUGCUGGAAACUAUGCGCCGCAGCAAUAUACACCUCAGGGCGCCGGCACCCUACCGUCCCAGGCGCAGUCAGCGACGGCACCGGCUACCGGGGCUGAGGCUGAACAACCCAAUGGGAGCGCUCUGGCGCCCUCGCCGUAUGGACCUUAUGGUUCCCAGCAACCUCCUACAGCCGCUUCUGCGGGGACAUUCGUUCCUGCCGAGCCAAACGGAGAGAGCGAGCCUACCCAGGGCUUCCAGCCGUUGUCGAGCGGUUAUGAACCCCCCUCAAUGGUCCCCAGUGAGGUGCGCGAGUCGCAGCAAACCGAAGAAUCGGGGACUGCAGGAGGGUUUGAACCGCCGUCGUACCAGCCUUAUGGCUACGAACCACCGUCGUAUGAGCCGUACACCGAGCCGUCGAACGAAGAGGGCGAGGACGGCGGCGAGGCGAAGCGCAAGAAGAAGAGCAUUAUGGAUGAUGACGACGAUGGCAUUCCGGCGCUCCGAGCGCAGGCAAAGACGAAGGAGGAGAAAGAUAGAGAAAACGAAGAAAUGUUCCGGAAGGCGGCCGAGGAGGACGCCAAGCGAGCGGCGCAGCAACAGUCGGCCAAGAAGGGAUGGGGAUUCACGAGCUGGUUUGGGGGCAAGAAGGAAGCGUCAGCGGACCUGCAGCAGGCCAACAAGCCGAUCAAGGCGAAGCUGGGAGAGGCCAGCAGCUUCGUGUAUGAUCCCGAGCUCAAGCGCUGGGUCAAUAAGAAGGCCGGAGCGGACCAGAACCAGGCGCGGACGGAGACGCCACCGCCGCCCAGGUCGGGGUCCAGAUCGCAUGCGAACACGCCUUCUCCCCCGCCGGCGGGAGGGGCGGCAUCAGCACCGCCCAUGACGGGAAGGCCACCACGACCGCCGAUGACACCGGCUGGAUCGAACGGUGGCAAGGCGCCGUCACAGCAGGAAAGGCCCUCUUCGCAAGGAAGUCUCGGACCGCCGGGUGGACCUCCUCCCUUCAUGGCACGUUCGGUAUCCAACCACAGCGUAGGUGGGCCGCCGAGCGGACCGCCGAGUCGGCCGACGACCAGCAUGAGCAACGCGAGUAGUAUCGAUGACCUCCUGGGGCCGGCUGUCCCUCGCAAGGCUGGAGCGAAGAAGGCGAGGAAGAGCGGUCGUUAUGUAGACGUAAUGGCUAAGUAAGAAGAGAGCAAGACGAAAAGGGAGGCUUGGUCGGUUUUCUUGACUUGUACGAUGUAUAUAUUAUUCUUUUUCCUUUUUUUUCUCUUUUUCCUUCUUCGUGUUCAUCCUCUUCGGCGCUGCUGUGGCCUUGCUUGAAGACAAGGGGACAUGUCGCAUGCAUUCAUUCUCUCUAUCUGGUCGGCUUUCAACAGGACGACAUUAGCAGAGACGGUAUUGUACUAUACUUAGCAGUUUU